AUGCGACGAGAGGGGCGAGUCUGCAGAACUGGAGCGAGGAGCUGGAGUGAGGCGCUGGGGGACAAGAUGGACGAGCUGGCCGAGCUGGCCGCGCUGGCCGUGCUGGCGGGGUGUACAGGAGGAGAGGUCAACACACGUUUUGAGGACUACUUCAUAGAGAAGCUCAACAAUAAUCACUGGAUAAGAGAUUCCUUUGGAAUUGACAUGGAAAGCAUUGUGUUGUCAAGCAAUGAGGAGAAUCAACUGGGAGCCGGAAAAAGGGCGGGUGUGCCCCACCGCCACCACCACUUUGCCAGGAGAGGAUACCGUCAAAGGGUGUAUGUUGAACGUACCAAGCCACUGGAGCAAUACACCACUGAGGAGCUGUAUGUCCGGUUUCGCUUUGGGAGGGCUGAUAUAGAGUACCUUGUGAACCUUCUCAGGCCGAAACUUCAACACAGAACCCAAAGGAGUCACGGUCUGUCUGUGGAAGAGCAGAUCCUCAUUGCUCUCCGAUUUUAUGCAUGUGGGACUUUCUAUCAGGUUGUUGGUGACUAUAUGGGAGUGGUGAAAUCAGCUGUGUGUGAUGUGGUGAGAGAUGUGUCAAUCGCACUGGCCAGCCUGGCCAAUGAAUUUGUUUCUUUUCCAAAGGACAACCAGAUUGCCCAGGCCAAGCGCAGCUUUUUUCUUUUGGGGAAUAUGCCCAAUACUAUUGGAGCAAUCGACUGCACACAUGUGCAUAUACAAGCACCUCGUGAGAAUGAAUGGGAGUUUAUAAACAGAAAGGGGAGGCACAGCAUCAAUGUCCAACUUGUGUGUGAUGCUGACCUCAUCAUCACCAACUGCAUUGUCAAGUGGCCUGGGUCUGUCCAUGAUGCACGCAUCCUGAGGGGGAGCGCCCUAUAUAGAAACCUCCAAACCAACCGACCGGAUGGCAUAAUAUUAGGAGACAGUGCCUACCCACUCCUACCAUGGCUGAUGACUCCGUUUCUAACAGCAAAUACACCGGCGCAGGCACGCUUCAACACUGCUCAUUGCAGAGCAAGAUGUGCAAUUGAGCGUUUAAAUGGAGUUCUUAAGAGACGUUUUGCAUGCCUUAACUACCUGAGAGCGGAACCACAGAAAGCAUGCAACAUAACCCUUGCCUGUAUUGUCCUGAACAACAUCGCUACCAAGCGCAAUGUCCCUCUCUGUGCUGACAAUGAUGCACCUGAGCCCCUUGGAGACCCUAACCAACCUCCUGCAUUCUGCCAGAACGAGCAAACAGGACGUGCAACAAGGGACGCAAUAGUUAGACACUAUUUCUGA